AGGUUGACGCAAAGACGAUGGUGAAACGUCAUCACGUCGCUGCUCCUCCGUCGGGUUUUUGUGGGAAAACGAACGUGUUGACAUGUUUUGAGAGGUUUCAGCAGGCCGGUGUUUCGUUUCCACAUAAAAACUGUGUUUAAAUAAUUCAGGUGUCUAUGGAUCCUAUGGAGUCCAAGGGGGCUGAGUCUCAGCCAUCCAGCGUGGGGCCGGUUGAGGUGGUGAACUCUAUUCGGGAGCGAACAAUCACAGAGAACAGCAUGGUGAUCCUCCUGCAGGGCCUUCAGGGAGAGGUGACCACGGUGGACCUGAGGAACGAGAGCACAGCGCGUGGACGCGUGGUCAACGUAGAUGCCUUCAUGAACAUACGCCUAGAGGACGUGUUGUACCGGGACCGGCGGGGUCAGCUCACACAGCUGCAGGACCUAUUCAUCACUGGCAGGAACAUCCGCUAUGUCCACAUCCCCGACCAUAUGGACAUAAUGAAGACCAUAGAGAGCCAGCUGGCCAAGAUUCACCGCGUACGCAACUUCGGCAGUGAAGGCGGAGGCAGGAAAGAGUUUGCCAAGAAAACAAAAUGACUUUUUUUUUUUUUUAAAUUUGGAAAAG